ACGCGGUCACAGCGCUGCUGUGAAGCGGCUUGGCGGUGUUGUGUUCUUGACUACUUUUAAAACCAGUUCACUGAACCGGAACAAAGAAACGCUGCAGGCGCGCUUUGUUUGUAUUGAGCUGGCGAGCCCACGCCAUCUUACGACGCACGCGUGCGUAACGAUACCAAGCGCGUAUUCUGUGUAAAGCGAUCACUAUGACGUCACGUCCUGCCAGCCGCAAGACACGCGUAUCAGCGUCGCGACGCGUGUGAGCAGACGGAAGGUAAAACGGCGGCGGCGGUUCUCACGUUAAAGUGUUCUUGUUGUGACGUCCUGCAGAGGCGUGGGUCCGUCGUCUCACCGAAGUGACGACAGAAUUGUGGAGUUCUUCAUCAUCAUCAUCAUCACCACCUGUCAGUCUGAACGUGCCAUGGCGUCUUUACUGGAUGAGCUGGACAGUCUCGUCGCGUCUCCGUCCUUCAACGCAGCGCCUGGUGGGAGGGGGACCAUCAAACCAAAGGCUAACUUUGACGCAGGCGAAGAUGCUGUGGCCCUCAGGAAAGCUAUCGAAGGACUCGGCACAGAAGAGAAAACCCUGAUCGAUAUUCUGACCCACAGGAGCAGCGGGCAGAGACAGCUCAUCUGUCAGGCUUAUCUGGACGCCACAGGCAGAACAUUGGUGGAGGACCUGAAGGGGGACACCCACGGUGACUUUGAGGACCUGCUGGUGGCGCUGGUCACCCCUCCUGCUGUGUACGACUGCCACGAAGUUAUCAGGGCCAUGAAGGGAGCUGGAACGAAAGAUGGCAUCUUGAUUGAAAUCCUCGCCUCGAGAUCCAACCAGCAGAUAAAAGCUCUGUGUGAUGCCUACCUGCAGGAAACGGAGAAGAAGUUGAGUCUUGAUCUGAGGGGGGAAGUUUCUGGAAAGUAUUCCAAAGCCCUGCUCAUCCUGGCUGAGGGCAAAAGAGACGAGAGCACGGCGGUGGAUUUGGUGAAGGCCAGAGAAGACGCCAAGACUCUGUAUGAUGCAGGGGAGAAGAAAUGGGGUACAGACGAGUCCAAGUUCAUCGAGGUCCUCUGCCAUCGCAGCAUUCCACAGCUGAGACAAACUCUUGUGGAAUACAAGAACAUCAGUGGAAAGACUUUACAAGAGAGUGUGGAAGGAGAGAUGUCUGGGGAGCUGGAGGAGAUCCUUAUGGCAAUAGUGAAAUGUGUCACGAGUGUGCCGGCCUACCUCGCUGAGCUCCUGUAUGCGAGCAUGAAGGGCGGUGGGACCGAUGAAGCCACUCUGAACCGGAUCAUGGUGACUCGUUCUGAGGUCGACCUGCUGGACAUCAGGGCCGAGUUUAAGAAGCUCUCUGGCAACUCGCUGUACUCCGCCAUCGAGUCAGAUCUGUCGGGUUGCCACGGCGAGUGUGUGAAGGCCAUCUGCGGCGGGGACGACUAGCUCGCUCUGCAGCCACGGCCGAGUCGAGCCCCGCUUCUACUGCCACCAAUCUCUCGCUGUAGGCCUACCAUCUCUUUUCUGCUUCCGCCGUCUAUAAACUCGGUCCGUUUCAUCCUCACUCUACUAACUCACACUUGUUGACGGGCGUGGGAGUCAGCGGCUUUUGGGAAGUUCGGGCGAUCCGCUGAAAGCGUGCUGGAGGACGUCGCCAUACAGCAGACAUGCCCGCAGUGCGUGGAAGGUUUGGUUUUGGACACGCGGCAGGGGGUCGGAGCAGAGCGGCACGCUGGCUGGAGGGUUCAUACCAAGUUCUGUCUUGUGUGUCUUUUCAGUCCGACUGCCGUGGGAGCUACAAAAAAACACUGCUCAGGAUUUGUGGAGGAGAUGACGAUUCUUAACACCACCCUCCCGUGAUACCCCACCCUGCGAUUCAAAACACGAUGUUUAUUUCUUACAUGUCAUCCUCUCUGUCCAUCCACCCAUCCAUCCAUCCUCCAUCCUGUUGUCUCACCAUCCUGGAGAAGUUCUGUCAGCCCAGACAUUGUGUUCACGACUAUGAGGGAAGGAAAGUGAAUUAAGCUGAGCUGUGUCUCCACCUGUGGAACAGUGUUGUAAAUGAAGUAGUCCUCUGUCUUGCUCUUCAAUGUUGGACAUUGUUAAAGUCAGUAGGGUCCAAAUUAGUAUAUUUUAACACGUGCCAAAAAGAAAAUAAACAUCAACAUCUUUUGACCAACUACAGUAGUGAGUUGAUAUUUACUUGCAGCAUCCAGUUGUUAAAAAGAACCAAAUCUGGCUUCUUUCUUCUUCUUGCUUUUGCAUCUGAAGGCGAUGGAAGACGUAGUCAUAAGACGUAGCCAUGAGACCUAGUCCUGAGGUGGUUUGAAGAAGCACAAUGCAGGAAUUUUGUUUAUUUGUUUGUGCACUAAACUCACAUUGUAAUGUUGUCGAGUGUAAAUACCCUACGGCCUACGCCAUGUACCAACCUUCAUUUACAGUUUACAUAAUUAUAUUCUGCACAAAGGUGUUGUGUUGUGAUAGACUGCAGUGUGUUGUGUUGUGAUAGACUGCAGUGUGUUGUGAUGUGAUAGACUGCAGUGUGUUGUGUUGUGAUAGACUGCAGUGUGUCGUGAUG